UAACUACAAUUAUACGGAGGGAUACAUCUUUCAGUGUUCCACAUUGUACUGCGUUUGAGAUGAACUGUGCGAUCAUUCUGAAACCUCCGACAUUCUGAUUGGUCCUAAAUUCAGUAACACUGCCUUUGAUUGGUCAAUACACUCAGCCAAAGGCUAAGUGGAUGGGUAGCAAUUUUCAGCACAAAGAAGUUCAAUAGCAAACUUGUGAUAACAUUACAUGUAGGAUUUGUCAGUGUAGAAUUAUUUUAUAAAGUCUCCAAAAGGAUCGUGCUGUUUAUGGGGGAAAUACAAAGGUUUUGGUACGAAUAUCGGAGCGUUAUGGUGAGCUGAACAUCCGGGACUUUCUUCGCUCCGGAGAUUAUUAUCUUGGCUCACACAGGACCUUUGAUGUUCAUCGGUGUGGCGUGCUUGAUGAGAUGUUUGCAGGUUAAGGACCAAAUGAUCACAGGAAUAGCAUGUCAAAAAGAAGAGCCAGAGUUAGUCCUGAAGCUGAGGCUAUUCAGUUUAUUUUAUCUGGAAGUGACAAGCCUUGUCUGAAGGUUCAAUGGGUCAGUGACUAUAAAGGGCGUGGUGUAUUUGCUUCUACACCAAUUGAAAAGGGAUCCUUUGUUGCUGAGUACCGUGGGGAGUUGAUCUCAAAAUAUGAACGGGACAAGAGACACAAGAAGUACACUGAGAAGCAAAAUGCAUUCUUGUUUGAUUUUAAGUGGAACAGUGAUAUAUGGUGCAUUGAUGCCUCCCAUGAAGAUGACUCUUUUGGCCGGUUGGUUAAUGAUGCCCAUAUAUCCCCAAACUGCAAAAUGAAAAAGCUGAUUGUCCACGGUAAACCUCAUCUUUGCUUGUUUGCUUUUGAAAACAUCCAAGCAGAGAGUGAAAUAACAUAUAACUAUGGAGACGCUCUGUGGCCAUGGCGAGCUUUGACACCAAGUGUAGAGAUCCCGACUCAGCCUUCAGGAGAGCCACAAAUGAGCGGGACAUCCAUUUCAUCCUUUCAACAGACACCAAGUGUAGAGAUCCCGACUCAGCCUUCAGGAGAGCCACAAAUGACCAGAUCAGACAUUUGCAACAAGGCAUCCAAGCUCUGUAUCCUGUGGUUCCGGCUACCCAGUGAGGAGCUGGGGAAUACCAUCGCCCACAGGAUACAUGACAUGUUGACAGAACACACCUGGCUUAUGGAUCCUUGCCCCGGCUAA